CAGAAGAGGAGCUAGCGAGGAGACUUAAAAAAACCCCACCAAGCUCGAGUUAAUGUUUGAGAAGUUCGGGUGCGGGAGAGUCUGGAAUUUUGGCUUCUUGGAGAAACUGUAGAAAAUGCAAAACGAAAUAAUAAAGCCUGCUAAAUACUUCUCAGAAGUGGAGAAGAGUGUGCUGCUUGCCUUAGUUGAAAAAUACAAAUACGUGCUUGAAUGUAAAAAAAGUGAUGCAAGAACUAUUGCUCUGAAACAACGCACCUGGCAAGCACUAGCUCAUGAAUAUAAUUCACAGCCCAGUGUAUCACUGCGAGACUUCAAACAGUUAAAGAAAUGCUGGGAAAAUAUCAAGGCACGGACAAAAAAGAUAAUGGCACAUGAAAGGCGGGAGAAGGUAAAAAGAAGUAUUAGCCCACUUAUAAAUACUCACAUCGUAGGGAAAGAGAAGAUUGCCGGCAUAAUGCCUGAGCAAAUGUACUUUUUGCAGAGCCCACCAGAAGAAGACUCUGAAUAUCAGCCUGACGCUUCUAGUCAAGAGUCGUUUGUUGUGUCAAACAGAGAACUUUGUGAUGAAGACAAAGAGAUGGUACAUUUUCCAGUAUGUGAAGGUACCUCCCAGCCUGAGCCUUCGUGUUCUGAUAUCAGAAUAGCAGCAGAUAAGAACUACAGAAGUAAAGCAUCUCAGGAAAGUGCUCUGAAAAAGAUGCAUGAGGAAGAACAUCAUCAGCAAAUGUCAAUUUUGCAACUCCAGUUAAUCCAAAUGAAUGAAGUCCAUGUGGCAAAGAUACAGCAAAUAGAAAGAGAGUGUGAGAUGGCUGAAGAAGAGCACAGGAUAAAAAUGGAAGUGCUAAAUAAAAAGAAAAUGUAUUGGGAGAGAAAACUGCAGACCAUUACAAAAGAAUGGCCUGUAUCAUCCUAUAACAGACCCUUUCCUAAUUCACCUUAGAACACAGAAGGGCAGAGGCAGUCUGAUUUAGCACAUUUAUGAGUAACACGCACUGGAGAGAGGGUUUUCUACUGUGAAUGUACAGUGACAGGAUAGGUGCCUGGCUGAUAGUGAACACACUAUGACUCUUAAUGUUUAGGGAAACAAGAGGAAAACUCUAUUGUUCAUUUGUAGGUAGUUCUGAUUUGUUUAACUCACAGACAUGCAGUGUUCUAAAAUGUGAACUUAUUUUCCUCUCUCAGAACACCCGUGAUCCUUGUCAAAUUUAA